AUGGCGGGUGCCGAGGAAGGCUUCGGGCUGGCGGCCACGCCGGGCGAUUCGCCGCCGAAAGAGCUGAGCCCCGAAGGGAAGCCGGACGGGCAGUUGGGGGGCGCCGGUAGCAAGCAGCCGGCCUCGCCCCAGCCCGCCUUCAGCCAGCAGGGAAUGGAGGGAAUCAAAGUAUUUUUACACGAACGAGAACUCUGGCUCAAAUUUCACGACGUCGGAACUGAAAUGAUUAUAACGAAGGCUGGAAGACGAAUGUUCCCCAGCUACAAAGUAAAAGUGACAGGACUCAACCCCAAAACGAAGUACAUUCUUCUAAUGGACAUUGUACCCUUUGAUGACCAUAGAUACAAAUUUGCAGAUAACAAAUGGUCGGUGACUGGGAAGGCUGAACCGGCCAUGCCUGGAAGAUUGUAUGUCCAUCCAGACUCACCAGCAACAGGCGCCCACUGGAUGCGACAGCUGGUUUCCUUCCAAAAACUCAAGUUGACCAAUAAUCAUCUUGACCCAUUUGGCCAUAUUAUCCUCAAUUCCAUGCACAAAUACCAGCCCAGGCUGCAUAUCGUCAAAGCAGAUGAAAACAACGGGUUUGGCUCCAAAAACACGGCCUUUUGUACCCACGUCUUUCCAGAGACGGCCUUUAUCGCGGUGACCUCCUAUCAGAAUCACAAGAUUACCCAACUCAAGAUUGAAAAUAAUCCCUUUGCAAAAGGAUUUAGAGGCAGUGAUGAUAUGGAACUGCACCGAAUGUCUCGAGUACAGAGCAAGGAAUAUCCAGUUGUCCCACGGAGCACAGUCCGGCAAAAAGUGUCUUCUAACCACAGCCCUUUCAGUGGUGAUGGCAGGUCUCUCUCUGUUUCUUCUAACCUUGGAUCCCAGUUCCAAUGUGAGAACGGUGUGUCUAGCACUUCCCAGGACUUAUUACCACCUGCCAACCCAUACCCUGUAUCUCAGGACCAUGGGCAAGUUUACCACUGCACCAAGAGACAAGAUGAUGAAUGUUCUACCACCGAACUCCCGUACAAGAAGCCCUACAUGGAAACAUCUCCAGCAGAAGAAGACUCCUUCUAUCGCUCCAGCUAUCCCCAGCAGCAAGGACUGAACAGUGCCUACAGGACUGAGUCAGCUCAGCGCCAGGCCUGUAUGUAUGCCAGUGCAGCCUCAGCCCCAGAAGCGGUGCCCAGCUUGGAGGACCUCAGCUGCAACACGUGGUCUACCAUGCCAUCCUACAGCAGCUGCACAGUAACUCCCAUGCAACCUAUAGACAGGUUGCCUUACCAACAUUUCUCAGCUCACUUCACCUCGGGCUCCCUGAUGCCUCGCCUUGCCACCGUUGCCGGUCAUCCCUCCCCCCAAAUCGGGGAUACCCAUGCCAUGUUCCAGCACCAGACCUCCGUUCCUCACCAGCCCAUCGUCCGACAGCAAGCAAGCAUCCAGUCUCCUCCAGGAAACUUACAGCCACCCGAGUUCUUAUAUGCCCAUGGGAUGCCCAGGACUCUUUCCCCACAUCAGUACCAUUCGGUACACGGGGUGGGCAUGACGGCAGAAUGGAGUGAGAACAGCUAACAAGGGAACUGCAACUUUAUGUGAGCUUUGCAGGACUGCUUGGACUGAAUGUUCACAGAUAAAGAUAGAGAUGGACCAGGCCCUCUUCUCUGGUGAGACCAUGAUGGUAUCACCUCUAAUUUGGCAUCUUCAAACCACUGACCAACACAGCACAUCUUUGCCCCUUCCCGUGGUCUCCUCACUCAGCCCCCCUGGGUUCGCGUUGGUACCAACCUGUACCCUUAAAUGGUUUUGUUUGAUUUUGCUUCCUAGUGAGAUGCCAAGAGCUCCCCUGUCCUUCUCACUAUGCUUU